AUGCAGACUGCUUCUACAAACAUUUGUGAAAGACUGUGCAAUAAGUUCAUCCAUGAAGUUUCCUUGCUACUAAAUAUUCCAUGGUCAACUGUUAGUGGUAUUAUAACAAAGUGGAAACAACUGGGAACAACAGCAACUCAGCCACCAAGUGGUAGGCCACGUAAAAUGACAGAGCGGGGGUCAGCGCAUGCUGAAGCGCACAGUGCGCAGAAGUUGCCAACUGUCAGCAGAAUCAAUAGCUAAAGACCCCCAAACUUUGUGUGACCUUCAGAUUAGCACAACAGUGCAUAGAGAGCUUCAUGGAAUAGGAUUCCAUGGCCGAGCAGCUGCAUCCAAACCUUACAUCACCAAGUGUAAUGCAAAGCGUCGGAUGCAGUGGUUUAAAGCACACCACUACUGGACUCUAG